AUGCACGAGCAACCAAUAACUGAUAUUAACAGAACUGCUAUAAUCAAUAAAAAAAGUGUAGCUUCUGAGAAAAUACAGAAAGAAUCUGUAAAGCUCAGGAGGGAUAGCGCCAUGAUUUCACAUCAUGGUGUUGUUUGGCGCUAUCUAUCCUGA